AUGGACGACGAAGACACACGAUAUGGCUAUCACGAGGACAGCCCGGAAACGGAAGACAGUGCAGUUUUCGGCGUGGAGGAAGACAAAGUGACAACGAUACACUGCAAGUCGUGGCCAGACAUAUAUGGCUUCGUCGGCUUCACUCUGGUCACGUUGACCUGGGAGCUCCUGGAGAACAUCCUUUUAUUCGUCGAUGAGAAAACCCUUCUUCUCGCGCAGAGGGUCAACAAGUACUGGCGAUCGGUGAUUCAAGGGUCACCGAGUCUCCGCCGUAGACUCUUCUUCGAGCCGAGCCGGCCAAGGACAUGGUCCAACAUCCACCCAAACCCCCUCCUCGGGCUUGUCUUUCAUGACUGGCGGGUCGAGGUGCAGCACCAGAUGACGCACCUGCGUCACACGAGCAGGCAGAUGCAGUCCAAGGUCCUCGCAUCGUGGCACAUCAUCGCCAUCCGCUGGGAGGGUUUUCGAGAGAACCACGACCACGAGACAGGAGGCCUCACAUCCUCGUGCCUGUCGUCAUCCCAAGACGCCAUGGACCUCUGGGACCCGCCGUGGCCAGACGGACCGGUGGGUCGCAAGGACGCGAGCUGGCGCCGUAUGCUCGCCUGCCAGCCGAGUUCCCUGCCGCAGCUCCUGCACCCACACACCGAGGUUCUCGCACACAACGACCCCUGGAAGCCCCUGAUCCGCCACUGGCCGCUGCUGACCGAAUUUUUGGGCUGCGACCGGGGCCCGUGGCCGGCCGCGCAGUUCACCGCCAUGGCGCCGUUUCUCAACGCCGAGUCCUUGGCGCACAACGCGGCGAGGCUACUGCACGGCACCGACGGGCGCGAGACGGCACAGCUGCGCCUCUCAUGGGGGCCGAUCACGGUGACGGCGCCGCCGGUGGAGAGAGACUGGUUCAUGUUCCGGCCGGGCGCGCCGGCGGCGCGAAUGGUGUCGACAGGUGCGCGUUCGGGGGGUUUGGUGCUGCGCGAGGGUGAAGACGUGGUGUUCAGUUGGUUGGAAGGUUUCGUGGCGGAGAAGAUGACGUAUCGUGUAUUGGAUCUGGCGUCGCAGAUGGUAUGGGCCGUUACGUACUGGCACCACGGGGAAUACCUUGCCUGGCGGUCUGCUCCGAUGGGACGGGCCAAGGGAUCGGGGCUCGGGCGGAUAGGAGACGGGAGAAGCAGGUAG